AUGUCUCUGGAUCCUUUCUUCCAAGAUUCUCACAUCUUUCACCGCUCCUUCAGUCACAAGCCACUCCAUGUGGUCGCGGCCGAUGGGCUCACCCUGACUCUCGACGAUGGCCGCAAGAUUCUUGAUGUCACGGGCGGUCCGGCCGUCGCAUGUCUAGGACACAAUCAACCCGAGGUCGCCAAGGCCGUGCUCGACCAGCUGUCCAAAGUCGGCUAUCUGUUCUCCGGCGGCGGCUACAGCGAGAGCGCGACCGAAGAGCUGGCAUCCUUGCUCCUGAAAGACACCCCUGGCGGCCUCAGCAAGGCCAUCUUUCUCAACAGCGGUAGCGAGGCCACAGACGCCACCAUCAAAUUGGUCGUGCAGUACUGGAACACCCGCGGCCAGCCACAGCGCCGAAACUUCAUCGCGAGAAAACAGUCGUAUCACGGCAACACGCUGGGAGGCCUAUCCAUGUCCGGCCAUCAGAGUAGGCGGGCAAUGUACGCCGAUUUCAUGACCGACAGGGUGUCGUUCGUCGAUCCGUGCUACGCCUACCGCUGCAAGCUGGACAACGAGACCGAUGAGAUGUACGUGCAACGACUGAAACAGCAACUCGACGAUGAAUUCCAGGCUCUGAGUCCCGAUACUGUUGCGGCAUUCUUCGCCGAGACAAUUGCAGGAAGCACCUUGGCGUGUGUCCCCGCAGAGAAGGGCUAUUUCCAGGCCGUUCGGGAGGUGUGUGACAAAUACGGAGCACUCCUGGUGCUGGACGAGGUCAUGUGCGGGAUGGGCAGAAGCGGUACCAUGCAUGCGUGGCAACAGGAAGGUAUCCGAGGUCCCGACAUCCAGACCAUCGGCAAAUCGCUCGGUGGUGGGUUUAUCCCGCUAUCGGCGGUGCUGGUUCAUCAACAGAUUUUCGACUCCAUUGCCAAUGGCUCUGGCGCAUUGGCUGGAGGGCAUACAUUUCAGGCUCACCCCGUAUCGUGUGCUGCAGCGCUGCAAGUCCAGAAAAUCAUUCGCCGCGAUAACCUUCUUGAAAACGUGCGGCGCAUGGGCGUUGUCCUAGAGAACCUCCUAAAAACCGAGAUCGCGCCGCUCCCUCUUGUUGGCAACGUACGAGGACGGGGGCUCUUCUGGGCCGUGGAGUUCAUGCUCGACAAGUCAACCAGGACACCCUUUCCGCUCGGCGACGAUGUUUCAACUCGCAUCAAGGAUGCGGCGUUGGAAGAGGGCGUGAACGUGCUUUCGAAUAUGGGAUUUGCAGGCAUGCAUAAGAUCGACACCGCCGCAAUAACGCCACCAUUCACCGUGACCGAGGGAGAGCUUGUCGAAGCCGUGCAAAGAUUGAAGAGAGCGAUCGUGCGGGUGAGCAAGCCAUAUCUGGCGGCGCGGGAGACUGUUUGCAAUGGAGAAAAGGCCCUGGGGGUGGUGGAGACCGUGGUGCCGGUCAACGAGGUAUCGGUGUGA